AUGCCAGCCCGAGCCUCCACUCGGUCCACGAGAACCUCGACCGCGGCCUCGCGCAAGACAUCAGGGGCAGAACCACGAGCGUCCACUGCAUCGCGCGCCUCAUCCGCAAUUGUCGACAUUCCCACCGAGACCCCAGAAAAUGGAUUGCGGCCGAAAGUCGCGGCCAUCUUCCGCGACGCGCAGAAGACCACAGUGUCCCACAGAAAGCUGGUAGUCAACCUCCGCAAAUUGCAGGAGGCCUGCUGCUACGAACCCGCCAGUUCCAAGAAGCAAACGCCCGGCGAUUUCGAUGAACAAGAUUUCAACGUCGAGUUCGUGCGGUGCGUCUUGAGGAUUAUGCCAGUCAAGAAGGCCGAGAGCGUAGGAGAGAAAAUUGUUAGAUUCGUUGGACUCUUCUUACGGCAUGCUAGCGACAAGGACAACGAGCUCCUCGGCGACAUUGACCAAGACGCGAGUGUUAUGCCUGAGACGCCCAGCACGAAACUAACCACCCUCCUUCUUGAUACCAUCCUCCCACUUCUCACUAGCAAAGACAAGUUUGUGCGGUAUCGGUCGACGCAGCUGAUAUCACACGUCGUCAACUCUCUCGACGCCAUUGAUGAUGAGCUCUUCCAAAGGCUAAGGCACGGUCUGCUUAGGAGAAUCCGUGACAAAGAAGCCAUGGUCCGCGCACAGGCCGUCCUCGGUCUUGGUCGUCUCGCGGGUAACCAGGGCGACGAAUGCGCCAACUCGGAUGAGAGCGACGAUGACGCAAGCGCCGGCCUCCUAGAAAAGCUCCUAGAAGUUCUCCAGAACGAUCCGAGUGCGGACGUGAGGAGGUCGCUUCUCGUGAACCUUCCAAUCCUUCCCAGUACUCUUCCUUACCUUCUCGAGCGUGCUCGUGAUCAAGAUGCGGCUACUCGAAGGGCCGUCUACUCACGCCUUCUCCCCGCCCUUGGUGAUUUCCGCCAUCUCUCACUCUCCAUGAGGGAGAAGCUCCUACGAUGGGGCCUGCGCGACCGCGACGAGAAUGUGCGCAAGGCCGCUGCAAGGCUGUUCCGGGAAAGGUGGAUUGAAGAUUGUGCUGGAGUACCACCCGCCGAGAAUGGUGUGCAGGAGCCAUCGCCACCCAGCUUCGACGGUCUGCUAGAGCUGCUCGAGCGCAUCGAUGUCGUCAACUCGGCCGUCGAGAAUGGCGUUGCGCUUGAGGCUAUGAAAGGGUUCUGGGAAGGACGGCCCGACUACCGGGAUGCCGUAGCCUUUGACGAUAACUUCUGGGAGACAUUGUCAGCAGAGUCAGUGUUUAUGGCGCGCAGUUUCAACGACUUCUGCCGGAGCGAGGGCAACGGAAAAUACGAGAGUCUCGUCGAGGAGAAGCUGCCCGAGGUUACGAAGCUCGCAUUCUACCUCGAACGAUACAUCAACGCUUUGCUCGAAGCAUUACGACGCAUCGCCAAGGCCGAGGACGUCGAGGAGGAAGAGGAAGAAGACACAGUCGAUCAAGAAUUCAUUGUCGAGCAACUUUUGCAUAUCGCCCUGACGCUGGAUUACUCGGAUGAGGUGGGCCGUAGGAAGAUGUUUGCACUUCUCCGCCAGACGUUGUCGAUCCCAGAGUUGCCCGAUGGAAUUACCAAGUUGACGGUUGACGUCCUCAGGGACAUGUGCUCCCCCGACGCUGCGGGCGAGAGGGAAUUCUGCAGCGUCGUCCUCGAAGCCGUCGCGGACGUCCAUGACACCAUUGUCGAUGACCCGCCCAUGGACGACGUUGAGGACAGCUUCCACUCGGCCAAAUCGGAAGUCAGUAGCGCCAGCACGGUGAACAACAACGGAAGUCGCGCUAAGAGCGUUGAACUGAGUGAAGAGGAAGCCCGAGAGAAGGCCAUCAAGGAGAUUGUCAUCAACAUGAAGUGUCUUCACAUCGUCCAGUGCAUGCUUACCAACGUCGGCGGCAACCUUCAACAGAACGAUCAUCUUGUAUCCAUGCUGAAUAACUUGGUUGUCCCCGCGGUCAGGAGCCACGAGGCGCCUGUCAGGGAGCGUGGCCUUGUCUGCCUCGGUCUCUGUUCUCUACUGGACAAAGCGCUUGCUGAGGAGAAUCUGACGCUGUUCAUGCACUUCUUCUCCAAGGGUCAUGCGGCGCUUCAGAUCACGGCCCUUCAUAUUCUUACCGACAUUCUCAACGUGCACGGCGCGCAACUUCUCACAGCUAACCCGACGCUACUAAAAGUCUACAUUCGAGCUCUGAAGUCGGGAACCAAAGCUCCCGAGGUUCAAGCUGCAGCCACUCUUGCCACGUCCAAGCUCCUCCUUGGUCGCAUCGUGACAGACCCCGAGGCCUCGGCUGAGCUUCUGAAGACCCUUAUCGUGGCCUACUUCGAGCCCUCCACGGCGAGCAAUCAGUCCGUCAGGCAGGCCCUCAAUUAUUUCCUCCCCGUGUUCUGUUACUCCAGGCGAGAGAACCAGGAGCUCAUGGGAAGCAUUGCUCUCGAUGCCAUCCACUCCCUGUUCAAUGUGCGCGAGGGUCUUGAGGAUGAUGAUGCCGAUGUGGACGAGGAGAUGGCGAGCUUGACGACCAUUGGAGCCUGUCUCGUUGACUGGACAGAUCCCCGCAAGUGUUACUCCCCCACCCUCUCGCUCGAUAGUGAGAAGAAGCAUGUCAAUGGCGAUGUCCAUCUUGACUUCGCCCAGGCUAUACUGGACAAGCUCAGCGGAAACAUGAGCAAGGACGAGAAGAAGGUCAUCGCCCCCCUCCUCGGCAAGCUCUACAUCUCCCCCGCCUCCACAGAAGAAAAGAUCCGCGACCUCUACGAAACGGUCGACUCCGCUGUCGACAGCAAACUCCUCACCGACGCCACGAGCCGCAACGCGCUGUACAAGAUCCACGUCAGCCUCGGCAAGAUCGUCAACACCCUCACCGAGCAGCAGGAGUCCGCGGCCGCGAGACGCCUCAGCCGCUCCGUGUCGGCGUCGGCGUCCGUCUACGGCAGCGAAGACAGGACGGUGCUCUCGGAGGAGAAGACGAUCGUUGCAGCGGAGCCGGUGAUUAAGGAGGAGGAUGUGAGUGGGGAGGUCACGGUUGUUCAGCGGGACGGGGAUUCUUUGGUCGAUGAUUUGCUUACGGAUGGGGAGUGA